AUGACCUGUGCGGAGAGCGGCUGGUCCCCUCCUCCCGUAUGCAUCCCUGUCAAACAGUGUGACAUGCCAAUAUUUGAGAAUGCCAGAGCCGUAUUCACCGGAAAACCAUUUCGACUCAAUGACACGUUGGACUACCAAUGCCUGGAUGGCUAUGAAAAUAGAGAUGGAAGCACCAACGGCUCCAUGGUGUGUGGUGAGGACGGCUGGUCCCAUUUGCCAACCUGCUUUAAAUCUGCAGACAAGUGUGGGCCUCCUCCAGAGAUUAGCAAUGGAGACAUCACUUCCUUCCCACUAAAAGCGUAUCCUCCGUGGUCAAGAGUGGAAUACCAAUGCCAGGCCUACUAUGAACUCUGGGGUUCUACAGAUGUAAUCUGUAGUUAUGCAAAGUGGUCCAAACCCCCGAGAUGCAUAGAACCAUGCAUAAUAUCCAAAGAAAAAUUGAAUGAAAAGAACAUACGGUUAAAGGGGAAAGAUGACAAAACCUAUUAUGUAAAAACGGGGGAUAUCGUGGAAUUUAUGUGCAAAUCGGGACACAAGGCGGUGACGUCAGAGGCAUCAUUUCAAGCCAUGUGUCUGGAAGGGACAGUGGAGUUCCCCAGAUGUGAAUGAAGAAGCCCUGUU